UCCAGUAUAUGGGUCUGUGAGUGUGCGCGCAGAAGGAUCUCUGCACUGCAGCCUCCUCCUCCUCCUCUCUCGCACACACAUACACACGGAGCGCCGCUGCAGCAUUAGGCAUCAGUCCCUGGGAAGGAGAGAAAAGGAAGCCGAGUGGUGGAGAGAGGGAGCAACAUAGGAGAGAGGAUGCUGAAUAACCUGACAGAGUGUGAGGAGGGAGAGGGGGGAACCAGCCAAGGAGAUGGAAAUCCCAAGGAAAGUUCCCCAUUUAUUAACAGCUCAGAAGUUGAUACAGGGAAGAACAUGGCAUUGUUUGAGGAGGAAAUGGACACCAGUCCAAUGGUAUCUUCGCUCCUCAGUGGAUUGGCCAAUUACACAAACCUGACACAGGGAGUGAAGGAGCAUGAGGAGGCUGAGAACAAUGAAGGGGCCAAAAAGAAACCAGUACAGGCUCCAAGGAUGGGAACCUUUAUGGGUGUUUACCUCCCUUGUCUACAAAACAUCUUUGGAGUGAUCCUCUUCCUUCGUCUCACUUGGGUGGUGGGAGUCGGUGGUAUUAUGGAGUCAUUCCUUAUGGUCUUGCUAUGCUGCUCAUGUACCAUGCUGACUGCUAUCUCAAUGAGCGCCAUCGCUACCAAUGGAGUUGUGCCAGCUGGUGGUUCGUAUUACAUGAUCUCUCGCUCUCUUGGCCCGGAGUUUGGAGGAGCUGUUGGUCUCUGCUUUUACCUGGGAACCACAUUUGCGGGAGCCAUGUAUAUCCUGGGGACCAUUGAGAUUCUGCUGACCUAUCUCUUCCCUGGCAUGGCUAUUUUUAAGGCGCAAGAAGCUAGCGAGGAGCCUGCAGCACUACUUAAUAACAUGCGUGUAUACGGCACCUGUGUACUUACCUUGAUGGCCGUUGUGGUUUUUGUGGGUGUGAAGUACGUCAAUAAAUUUGCUCUGGUUUUCCUUGGCUGUGUGAUCCUGUCCAUCUUCUCAAUCUAUGCCGGGGUCAUCAAGUCAGCCUUUGACCCUCCAGACUUUCCCGUUUGCAUCCUUGGGAACCGUACUCUGUCUCAGAAAGGUUUUGAUAUCUGUGCUAAAUUUAUUGACAAUGGCAAUGAGACAGUUACAACGAAACUGUGGGCUCUCUUUUGUUCCUCACCAUUUUUAAAUGCCACGUGUGACGCAUACUUCUCACUGAACAAUGUGACUGAGAUUCAGGGCAUCCCUGGAGCUGCAAGUGGACUAAUUCAAGAUAAUCUUUGGUCCACUUACUUGCCAAAGGGAGUGAUAGUGGAAAAGGAAGGGUUACAUUCAGUAGCCUCUGGCGAUGCUAUUAACCUUGACCAGCCAUAUGUCUUCAGCGACAUGACCACAUACUUUACCCUUCUGGUGGGGAUUUAUUUCCCAUCUGUCACAGGAAUCAUGGCUGGUUCUAACCGGUCUGGAGAUCUCAGAGAUGCUCAGAAGUCCAUCCCUAUUGGCACUAUAAUGGCCAUUGCCACCACAUCCUUUGUGUAUAUUACUUCUGUUAUUCUUUUUGGCGCUUGCAUUGAGGGUGUGGUCUUACGUGACAAGUUUGGCGAGGCUGUAAAUGGAAAUCUUGUGGUAGGCACCCUUGCAUGGCCAUCUCCCUGGGUCAUCGUGAUUGGUUCUUUUUUCUCCACCUGUGGUGCCGGGUUGCAGAGCUUAACAGGAGCUCCGCGACUACUGCAAGCAAUAUCACGUGAUGGAAUUGUGCCUUUUCUUAGAGUAUUUGGUCAUGGAAAAGCAAAUGGUGAGCCAACUUGGGCUUUGCUGCUAACAGCCUGCAUCUGUGAGAUUGGUAUCCUCAUUGCAUCGCUGGAUGAAGUGGCCCCAAUUCUUUCCAUGUUUUUUUUGAUGUGUUACCUGUUUGUUAACUUGGCGUGUGCAGUGCAAACUUUGCUUAGGACUCCCAAUUGGAGGCCUCGCUUCAAAUAUUACCACUGGGCACUUUCAUUCCUUGGCAUGAGUCUCUGCCUGUCACUCAUGUUUAUCUGUUCCUGGUACUAUGCGCUUGUAGCCAUGCUAGUAGCUUGCCUUAUCUACAAAUACAUUGAAUACAGAGGGGCAGAGAAAGAGUGGGGUGAUGGAAUCCGGGGUCUAUCUCUCAGCGCUGCCCGAUAUGCACUACUACGGUUGGAAGAGGGACCCCCACAUACCAAAAACUGGAGGCCCCAGUUGCUCGUUCUGGUCAGAGUGGAUCAAGAUCAAAAUGUUGUUCAUCCGCAGUUACUCUCCCUGACUUCUCAAUUAAAGGCAGGGAAAGGUUUAACAAUUGCGGGUUCAGUACUGGAAGGGACCUACCUGGAUAAUCAUCCCCAGUCCCAGCGUGCAGAAGAGUCACUCCGUCGAAUCAUGGAAGCAGAGAAAGUAAAAGGCUUCUGCCAGGUGGUCAUCUCUUCCAAUAUCAGGGAUGGGAUUUCCCAUUUAAUUCAGUCUAGUGGACUCGGAGGUCUGCAACAUAACACGGUUCUAGUUGGCUGGCCAAGGAAUUGGAGACAGAAGGAAGAUCACCAAACCUGGAGAAACUUCAUUGAACUGGUACGGGAGACAACUGCUGCUCACCUGGCUCUUAUUGUUGCCAAGAAUGUUGCAAUGUUCCCUGCAAACCAAGAGAGGUUUUCUGAAGGCAACAUUGAUGUUUGGUGGGUGGUACAUGAUGGAGGCAUGCUGAUGCUUUUGCCAUUCCUCUUGCGUCAUCACAAGGUCUGGAAAAGAUGCACAAUGAGGAUUUUUACAGUAGCUCAAAUGGAUGACAACAGUAUCCAGAUGAAGAAAGAUCUGACCACGUUCCUGUAUCAUUUAAGAAUUACUGCUGAAAUAGAAGUGGUGGAAAUGCAUGACAGUGAUAUCUCAGCUUACACCUAUGAGAAGACUCUGGUCAUGGAACAGAGAUCCCAAAUCCUGAAGCAGAUGCACCUUACUAAAACUGAACGCGAGAGGGAGAUACAAAGCAUCACAGAUGAGUCCCGUGGAUCAAUCAGACGUAAGAACCCAUCUAAUUCUCGGCUGCACCUGAGCGUGCCAGAGGAGCAGGUAGGAGAAUGUGAAGAAAAGGCAGAAGAAGAGGUACAGCUAAUACAUGAUAAAAAUGCAACAGAGUUUUCAGUUAGGGAGUCUCUUGGAGACUCUCCAGCAGAGGAGCCAGAGACGACUCAAGAAAAAGUACACCUAACCUGGACAAAGGACAAAUUUACAGCCGACAAAAACAAAAGCAAAAGUCCCAGUACUCCAGAAGCGAUAAAAGAUUUCUUCAAUAUGAAACCUGAGUGGGAGAACUUAAACCAGUCAAACGUUCGUAGGAUGCACACAGCUGUGAAACUGAAUGAGGUCAUCGUCAAAAAGUCUCGUGAUGCAAAAUUGGUUCUUCUAAAUAUGCCUGGACCACCUCGAAAUCGGAAGGGUGAUGAGAAUUAUAUGGAAUUUUUAGAAGUACUCACAGAGCACUUGGAUCGGGUCAUGUUAGUUCGUGGUGGAGGGCGUGAGGUUAUCACCAUCUACUCCUGAAGAGCAAAAACUGGAUGAAGUUUUUGUUGCACUCAGCAGGAGCCUUCAACCUCUCUCCUCACAUCCUACAGGCAUCCAGGAAAUUUUUCAGAGAGAGUUGGGAGGCAUGUGAUUAGUGCUCAUAAACUUCACUUGCUUCCACCAUUUCCCUUACAAUGCCCUUACAUGUGAACUGCAGCACCAGAUCUUCCAUUCCAGCACAAGUGCAACUGUUCCUCAUGUCUUCAUCAGAGAGAUGCUGAUGAAGUUUACAUACAUAAAGUCUACAUACGUUUCUUAAACUGAGCCGCACUGCUUAAGAUGCUACCAAUACUGGCCCCUUUGUGCAUCCUGUGAUCCACUGUUACACCAAUCUCUCCCUGACACAGACUUGGAGAAUACUUAGGUUGUACUGGCAGAAAUCAGGGUAAUGGUUUGGGUUUUUUCUUUACAUCCUUACCCAUUGAUGAGAAAGACCAGCUUCAUCAUUUCAGGCACUGGUAUGACAAGUUAAGGGAGAGAGGGGUGUAUUCACCAGCAUGCUUAUCGUUAAAAUUGUUCCUCUCUCUAUGCUCUUUUCUUGAGUGCCACAAUCUUCUCCUCGGCUUCAGUAUGUUUCUCCUGACAGUACUUGUGGAAACAGCUAAGUGAGCAUAAAUGUUUACUCUAUCCGGACUGCAUAUAAAAUAAUGGAAGAACAAAAGCUAGAAGAUGCUGAAAAGCGCUUUGG